AUGUUUGUUUUUACCGUUGGUUGGCUGGCAAAGGCUGACGAAAGGUCUAUUACGUUUCCUGUUUCAGGGACACUUUCGAUCAGCUGGGCUGUUUUAAAUCAAAAUCAUCGGAGUGUGGAGAUCAUUCAAGUUCCGCUGGAUGUCCUCCUGUCGUUACCGAUGUUUCUUCGGUUUUAUUUGUUUUGCCGGAUGAUGGCGUUGCACAGUCGUCAAUUCAAAGACGCCGCCACUCGCAGCAUUGCCGCUCUGAACCAUAUCAGCGUAAACUUUGCCUUCGUUCUCAAGACUUUAAUGCACGAAAAUCCGCUCUGGGUCUUGGUCGUGUUUACAAUCAGUUUUUGGAUAGUCAUGGCUUGGAUUCUCAGUCAGUGCGAAAGGUACAACACUCGUCCGGACUCUAUAAAUUAUCCCAAUUCGAUAUGGUUCAUUAUUAUAACUUUCAUGUCCAUUGGUUACGGUGAUGUGACGCCCCAUACAUAUUGUGGCAGGGCGUUGGCGAUUAGUACCGGAAUUGUGGGUGCCGGUGUCUCAUCGGCUCUGAUAGCUGUGAUAAGCCGAAAACUCGAGCUUAGUCGGUCUGAAAAACAUGUGAAUAAUUUCAUGGCGGAUUCGAAACUUACUCGAGAGCGGAAGCAUGCUGCUGCAGCCGUGCUACAACACACGUGGUUUAUCCACAAGUACCGUUGCUUGCGUCUGCCGCGAGAUGAGUUCAAAUUGCGCUACCAUCAGAAACGUUUCUUGGCGUCGAUAAACGAAUUUCAACGCAUCAAGUGGGAACAACGAAAGGUCGCGGAAGAAAGCAAUGCACUGGUAGAUGUGGCAAAGCUACAGAAUGACAUGCACGAACUUUUGUUCGACAUGCAGCGCAGGCAGGAGUAUCUCGUAUCACGAGUAGAAAUGUUGGUGCAGAAGGUGCACAUGAUCGAGGAUACCAUGCUUCAACACCCGAAGCUCAAUACUCAGGAACCAAUUUCCUGUCUGUGA